AUGGCCAGGAACCAUAACCCAAUGCACGGCCACUUCUCAGGCCCUCACGCAUCAACCGUCCCACAAUCCCGCGGAGAGCCAGCUGGGGGUAGUUCUGAGGCCGAUGUUCAGUGCAAGAGCAACAUCGACCCCAUAGACAACAAAACCACCCCUAAUCUCUAUGUGGGUACGUAUGACCCCAGUUAUGCCGUCCCUUAUACUUGCUCCGACGUCGAAAUUGAAUCUCAAGGCCGUAUGCCAAAGAAUGGCAUACAGACUGGACACCGUGGCGAGAACAGGAGUAGCCGGAAGACAUCUUUCGAACCGCGUCUUCAUCGGUGCCGCGAGUUUGAAGUCGUAGAGGUGGAAGUUCGGGACGUUGACCACGACGCCACUGAGACCAAAUGCCAUGUGCCCCACGAAGAUGUCGGUUAG